AUGUCUUCAAAACAUUUCUUCAACGAUCCAUCCACUCUGGUUAUCGCAGGCCUUAGGGCUCUAACUGCAAUCAACCCAUCAGUGGCGUUUGAUGAAGCUCAAAAGACUGUGUUUCUGAAGAGCGCAAUCACGGACUCGAAUGUCGCUGUCAUCUCCGGCGGCGGCUCCGGCCAUGAGCCAUCGUUCGCCGGCUUCGUCGGAAAGGGGCUACUCUCUGGCGCUGUGGCCGGCUCCAUCUUCGCUUCUCCGUCGGCCGACCAGGUCUUCAGGUGUUUGCUCCGACUAGGCUCACAGCGCCCGGAAAGUGGGAUCUUGGUCGUCAUUAUGAAUUAUACCGGAGAUGUGCUUCACUUUGGCAUGGCUGUAGAGAAGGCACAGGCUGCCGGUAUCCGCUGCGAACUUCUAGUCGUUGGCGAUGAUGUUGGUGUUGGGAGGUCGAGAUCAGGACGCAUUGGCCGAAGAGGUUUGGCUGGAACCACACUGGUACAAAAGAUUGCCAGUGCUCUGGCAGCUCAAGGGCAUGAUCUCUCGCAAGUGUCCAAGACGGCUUCUCUCGUAGCGAAAAAUGUUGCAACUGUGGGUGCAUCGCUAUCACAUGUGCACGUUCCAGGAAGAGCACCAUCAGGGGAUGAGCUGUCAUCUAAUGAUGAGAUCGAAAUCGGCAUGGGCAUUCACAAUGAGGAAGGUUUUGGUCGCGUCAAGGACACCUUGCCGGGCCUUGUCUCAACCAUGUUGAAACAGCUUCUUGACCAAUCAGACGAAGACCGGGCUUUCAUAAACAUUCAAAAGGGCGAACAGGUAGUGCUCAUGAUCAACAAUCUUGGAGGCCUGAGUCAGUUGGAAAUGGGGGGUAUUACAAACGAGGCCGUUUCUCAACUGACCCAGGGCUACGGCAUUCAGGCAAGAAGAGUACUCAGUGGUACUUACAUGUCCAGUCUCAAUGGCCUCGGCUUCAGCAUCAGUCUCUUGAAACUUGUUGAUGAGAGUUGGUUGCAGCUUAUUGAUGCUCCCACAGAAGCUGGCGGAUGGCUUCCGACAAUUACCACUGCCGACUUGGCUGAAAACCAACAGGAAGCCGCGUCUUCGCAAGCUGAGAACGAUGUUUCUUUCGAGGACGCCAAGCCUACCAAUCUCCAAGUUGAUCCUGCUACAACCAAGAUAGCACUUACUCACGCUCUGCAGAGCGUUAUUGCGGCGGAACCAGAAGUCACCAAGUAUGAUACUUUGGUUGGUGAUGGAGACUGUGGCCUGUGCCUGAAGAACAGUGCAGAAGCAGUAUUGAAGUAUAUUAAUGGCCCAAAUGGUAUUGAUGAAGACGCCGGCAAACUCGUUGACAACAUUGCCCGCGUAGUGGAAGGCAAUAUGGAUGGCACAUCCGGGGCCCUCUAUGCCAUCUUCCUGAACGCUUUAGCGCAUGGAUUGAGACAACAAUCUGAGAAGGUCCAGGGAAAGCAGCAGGCAACACCUUCUGUAUGGGCAAAAGCACUUCAGUCUGCCCUAUUGGCUCUCGGGAAGUACACCCCCGCGCAGCCGGGUGAUCGAACGGUGGUGGACGCUCUUGCGCCGUUUGUGACCACUUUUGCAAAAAGCGGUGACUUGGAGUCUGCAGUUAAAGCGGCCAGGAAGGGAUGCGAGUCAACCAAGGGCAUGACUGCAAGCCUAGGAAGAUCCGUUUAUGUUGGGGGUGAGGAAUGGAAGAAUUGUCCGGAUCCAGGAGCUUAUGGCCUGGUCAAAUUGCUCGAGGGGCUUGUUAGUCAAUAA